UUUACCUCCAAAUUUACAAAAAGAUAAAAUGGAAAAAUUUGAUGUGCCCAAAAAUGCAAGCACCUGAGCUUCUCUCACUGUACAAUUCCAGGAAAAUUUCAAGGGAACGGUCCAUCAAACUAGAUCUGUUACCAUUAAUCACGCACGAUUACAGCAUGCACGAUCUUUUUGAACGAUCAAAAAUACUUUUCAGUAUUUCGCUGAUAUACGGCAAACAGAUGCGCUGGCUCAUUGAAGAAAGCAGGAGAAUCGUUGAAAUGUUCUACACAGACAGUGCCAAGCGCAUCAGACGCGAACAGAGCGGGGUACAUGCUGGCCGACCGGUCAGCAUCGCUGAUCAUGAACUGUUGCUGCACCACGAAGAUACCAUGGAUAAUACGGUGGACAACUACGAUGCGGGCAGUAUCAUAGACCAUGACAUGGUUGAUGGUAUCGAUCACGAAGUUGAUGCUGCCUUCCCGUCAGAGAUUGAGGUAGGACGUGGUGUGCGGUCAGAAACGGAAAUCAGGAACUAUGAGUUUAGACAGCCCAAGUACAAGAGAAUGCAGUUAGCACAUCCUAUGGCACUUAAAGACGCAUUUAUAAUUCAGUCCAUCACGGCCAAACUCAAAGCAAUAGAGGCACACAUUCUCAGCGAUAUAGAAGUGGGAAGGGAUGAUGCAGUGCCUGAAUAUGAUUAUGAAGCUGUUAAUGUUUCUGAUUUUGUCGAGGAUAACAGCGUGGUGGAGUACGAGAAGGAUGAGUUUGUGUUUGGUGAGGUAGUGAGUGGCAAGGGCAGAGAAGAGCAGGCCGAUAUUUUCUACGGGUUACUGGUCAAUUUGGAAAAAGGCAAUCUCAGUGUUGAGCAGGAUGAAUGCUACGGGGAGAUUCGAUGCAAGAAAAUGGGGAUAAUUGUGUAGCGAGGGAAUAAUCGCGUGGUAACAAAGUGGUAGAACACGUUCUGCUCAAUUAAAAUGCUUAUUCUGUAAA